CCCUGAGCGGCGGCGGGGCAACAUGGCGGCGGCGGCGGCCCUGAAGGUGCGGCAGCUAAGCACGACGGCGGCGAGGCCGGUGUCCAAACUGGUGAAGCCGCCCAUCCAGGUGUACGGGCUGGAAGGACGCUAUGCCACCGCCCUGUACUCUGCAGCCAGCAAGCAGAAGAAGCUGGAGCAGGUGGAGAAGGAGCUGACCCGGGUGUGGACCCUGCUGAAGGACCCCAAGCUGUCCAGUGUGGUGAUGAACCCUCACACCAAGGGCACAGUGAAACAAAAAGCCGUGAGCGACGCCUUGGCGAGAGAGAAGAUGUCCCCCAUCACUGUCAACCUGAUGAACCUGCUGGCUGAGAACGGCCGCCUGCGCCACACCCCGGGCAUCGUGUCCGCCUUCGCCAAGAUCAUGAGCGCGGUGCGAGGAGAGGUGGUGUGCACGGUCACCACGGCACAGCCCUUGGAUGAGGCCAACCUGACUGAACUGAAAAGUGCUCUGAAUGGGUUCCUGGCUAAGGGAGAGGUCUUGAAGCUGGAGACCAAGACUGACCCCUCGAUCCUCGGCGGGAUGAUUGUCAACAUUGGGGAGAAGUACGUGGACAUGUCAACAAGGUCCAAGAUCCAGAAACUCACCAAGAUCAUGAGAGAGUCUGUCUAGAGAGCUGUCCUGGUCAUUCCCAAGGAAACCUGGCUGAUGGAAACAAUAAAAUUCCUCCUUCUCGAGUA